AGUGCCGAAACUCAGUGUACGAUUGGCGAUGGAGUCGAGUUCUCUCCUUUGGACGUUUCUUUUGAUAUUGGCGGUUUUCUUAUGUUCCUCAAAACAAAUAUGGCGGCAAGCGUCAGAGAAGCGCAUGAUUAUCAGUCGUUUUUAACCAAUAACUUCUUUGAAAAGAGUACAGUCUGUGGAAGGUCGAUUGGCGCCCCUUCGAACAUCAAGAAUAAUUGUGCGAUUGGCAAUCCGCUGCUUUGCCGACCUGCUGUUGAUUACCUGAAUAAUAGUUACAAAAUCAUUCUGGUCGGAAUCCCUAACUGUGCCACGUUGGAGUACACACCGAUUUUCAAUUAUAAUCAGCCUCUUAACAAAUUACGGUACUUAAUGAACGUUCCAAAACCCGAUGAUGUUUACGUGAUGUCAGAAUCAGGAACGAUGUUCGAAAUAAAGGGAAAGUUUGUCACACCUCUGGCAGACUGGCCAACUGACCCUCUCGCAGCAUCGCCAAUGAUGGAAAUGACUGCAUUCAAUAUAAAUUCGAGCGAAGCCAAAUGCAUGGGCUUCACUUUUCGGGCGGUGUAUCAGAAAGACUAUUACAUUGUCUUCCCUCGCUACUGCAUGAGCAAGACGUAA